CCAAAUAAGAAGCUUUAGUCCUUCAAGGCAUUACUAAUGGGUUCUGUGCUUCAAAGGCAACACGGUUAAUACUUUAGCCCAAGGGAUGGCUAUUAUGUCGUCUUUUCAAUGCUUAUUCCUGUGAUACAACAUAACAUGUUGUCUCUGAACUUGUGUUUUUUUGCUUGAUUUAUUUUGAGACAGAGUUUGGAGGAGUUGCAUAAUGUCACAUCCAAUGUAAUGAAUACAUUCCUUUUUCACAGGGUAACUGGAAGUAUUUUCUCCUGGAAUCAAUUUUUCUCUUGCCUCCACCUCAUUUGUUGUAGUCAGUUUUUGUUUUCACGCCCAAGGGUGAGUGUCACAUUUAAUUGCUCUGUGAUUUUUGUCAGGGAUGUGAUCAUCAGGAAUGUGGCCCUGAAUUCAAAACAAUGUAAAUGUUUUCAAUGUUUAUUUACUGUUAAUUUUUCAUGCAUGUACGAGUUAAUUGUUUGACUUUAAUUGACAGAUGAUUAAGCUGUAAUGUUCCAUCAAAAUGGGGAACUUUUUUUUUUUUUAUUUGCUUCAUUUUAUUUGUUAUUACAGAUGCAGCUCUCACGCCUGUGUCAACGCAGCCUCUAGCCUCUGUUCCUUAUGUUUAAUAUCCAUGUUCACUCAUAUACAGUUUCACUCAUUACUGUUUCAAGAUUUCUGUAUGGUCCUUCAAAGACCGACGGGGGCAGUUUUUACGCAAGAACAUGUACAAAUGUGACAGUUGUUGGAAAUUAUGGUUGCAAGGUUCCUACCAUUAACACUUGGUGGGGACCACCGACUUUAAGAUCAAUUUUAGUCAACGUUUAAAUUCUAGCACUUGUACAAAAAAAAUUACAUUUGUAAAUAUUUUCAUUUCUGUGUUUUUGGUCUAAUGUCAAGGUGAAAGAAUGAAGUUUGGAGGGGGUUUUAUGUAUGUGUGCGCGUGUGUGUGUGUGUGUGUGUGUGUGUGUGUUGUUGUCAAUAUGGUUCAAAUUCGAUCCAAUGUAAUAUUUUGUCUCAAGUGUAUAUUCAUGAAUAUUACAUUUCCAAAGCCUUAUUGUGUUAAUUUUUUUGAAUGGUAUGUGUAUUUGUGUGUGUUUGUGUGUACACGUAUUAUGCUCUGAUGUGAUCUUUUGCAGCUUUUAGCGCAGAGAACUGCUAGCAGACUUAUCUCUACCAGACAGUGUUUUCCUUUUUUUUUGCCGAGCCUUACGAUGGGCUUUUUAUCUGCCCCUGACAUGUUCCCCCUUGCUGGGUGAGUCUCGCUUCUUCCGCCUCCUUCUCCUCAUUCUCGCCAAAUCUCCUCGACUUUGCUCCCCUUUCUGGAUGCCAGGAGCUUGUAGUGAUGGAGCAGACCAUUGUCACACACCAGUAAGUGUUUGGCUUGUCAACCGCUGGUCUUCACCGCUGAGCGUGGCAAGCAAAUAAUAUUUGGUGAAGUUGUUUCCUUCUUUCUCGCUGUUCUAUUCACAGGCCAACACAUUAGGCACACAUGCAUAAUGUUAUGAAUUCCAAUACGAGAGCUGUAUCAAUAUUUCUGCCUUUUUUAUGGCACACAAAAUAAGUUUCUUUUGAAUGCAGUUGUUCCACAUAGCUUUAGCUAACCAAAAUGUCAUUGACAGGUUAAAGAAAAGCAUCUGUACCACAGUAGUACAAUUCUUUAAUCUGUGGGCAUUUGAACAAAUGGUGGAAGAACACCAUGUAGACAGCUAAUAUAACCAUACCUAUAGACGUGUCUUCAUUAAACUCUGAAAAGAACAGCUAAUAUGAUUUACCAGGCCGCUAGAAGAGAUUCAUGGCAUUAUGGCAAGUGUUUCGUGUAAAUGCACUUAAUGUCAACUGUAUGUAACAAGUCUAUGUCAUCUAGACCCUCAAGAACAGGGUCCAUGUUUCAGGAAAAGGAGGGAGGAGGUGGCAUGCACUCCAGGUCAAACACCGUCCCUUACUCAAGCGCAGUCGCACUUACUCAGCCCGGCCUGGGUGUCACCACGACGACUGUCACCACGAUCACGCAGACGGGGGGUGACUGGAGCAGCGGGCUGUUUGACAUCUGUGCAGACGAGGGCACAUGUGUUGUCGGUGCUGUGGCCCCGUGCUGUCUAGACCUGAGUGUUGCUCACCAGUACGGCGAGUGUCUCUGUUUGCCUCUCUUACCGGGGUCCUCCUUCGCUAUGAGGGUUGCGCUCAGGGAGAGGUACAAGAUACGGGGGAACAUAUGCAACGACUGGAGCACCGUGUGUUGCUGCUAUUCCCUGGCCGUGUGCCAGAUGGCACGAGAGAUGAAGCGUCGCACGAUGACUCGGUCAUACCUCGUGUCCACCGCGCUUCAGUGCUCAUGACUGGAACCAGUAAUGCCAGACCAGACCCUGAAUAUCUCAGACACUUGAACUAAGCGGUGUCAAUUUUAAGGGCCCCUGAAGGAAACCUCCAUUGACCACUUAUUAGGUACAUCUGCACAUUAUAAUGAGCUGCAAUCAGAAAGCUACACCAAAAGUUGUUUCCAUAAAAUACAAACGCUCACUUUGUUGUGUGUCAGUAUCAAUCAAACCGAAGCAUUAUUAUUACAUUUUAGUGAUGUAACAAAUGAUUAAGUGAUAACUAAUGAAAUAUCAAACUAUCAACUGUUUUGAUAAAGAUUAAUCAUUGGGAGACUUUGUCCAAUUGCUCUGAAUUUGAUUUUCUCAACAGUAAAUAAUCCUAGAUUUCUAUAGUACAUGAAAGCAGACUCGUUAUGUUUAAUCAAAAUAAGAUGUUUGCAAACAUCUGCUUUACUUUGGAAAACAAUAGUUGUUUUUUUUCCACAUUUUAUUACAUUACAGACCAAACCAAUAAUUAAAUCACAAUUAUGUUUUUACAUUAUAUGCACUGUCAAUUUGAAAAAAAGUUCAAUUUUUUUAA